ACUCACCCCAGGAGCGGCGAGCACCUCCGGGCCCCCACCAACCGCACCCCUCGGCAGUGUCUGGCUCACGGGCGGCGCGCAGAGGUCACCGUCCCCGACCGCCCUCCUGAAAGAGACCCCUCUCUGUGCCCCUCAGGCCUUCUCGUCCCCUUGAGGGGAGCCCCAGGAUGUGCGCGGUGUGAGCGUGCGUGCAGAGGAGAGCAGCCAGGACACCGGGCCUGACGGCCUCCCCGGCGCCAAGAUGAGCGCCACCUCCUGGUUCCUGGUGAGCAGCAGCGGCACCCGCCACCGGCUGCCACGAGAGCUCAUCUUCGUGGGGCGGGACGAGUGUGAGCUGAUGCUGCAGUCCCGCAGCGUGGACAAGCAGCACGCCGUCAUCAACUACGACCAGGACCGGGAUGAGCACUGGGUGAAGGACCUGGGCAGCCUGAACGGGACGUUCGUCAACGAGGUGCGCAUCCCAGACCAAAAAUACAUCACGCUGAAGCUCAACGACGUCAUCCGCUUCGGCUAUGAUUCCAACAUGUACGUGCUGGAGCGCGUGCAGCACCGGGUCCCCGAGGAGGCGCUCAGGCACGAGAAGUACACCAGCCAGCUGCAGGUGAGCCUCAGGGGCGCGGCCCCCAAGAGGGGCGAGGCGCUGCCGGAGCCCACGCCGUACUGCGAGGCCGCGAGCCCCAGGCCGGAGCGGGACCGGAGGCCGGGAGCAGAGACCGCGGCCUACCGCACGCCCCUGUACGGGCAGCCGUCCUGGUGGGGAGAGGAUGACAGCGGUGCCCCGCCCGAGGACCGGCACCAGGAGGGGCCAGGCCCAGAGCGGCCCAAGGAGCUGGCGCCACAGGACGUGGACCACAUGGGGACCGCGGCCAGCUUCCGGGCCCCCGUGGAGCCCCAGGGCUUCUCUCUGCGCCGGGAGCCCAGCUACUUCGAGAUCCCCACGAAGGAGGCCCCCCGCCCGCCCGAGGCGCCCGCCCACGAGGCGCCCGCCCAGGAUGGGGGGCGGGGAGGGGCCGCACCUGUGGUCCAGAGCCACGCCUCCUUCACCAUCGAGUUUGACGACGGCAGCCCCGGCAAGGUGAAGAUCAAGGACCACGUCACCAAGUUCUCCCUGCGCCAGCGGCAGCCCCCGGGCUCGGCCGCGCCUGUGGAGGUGGUCUCGGCAGAGACCAAGGUGGCCGACUGGCUGGUGCACAGCGACCCCAGCCUGCUGCGCCGGGCGGGCCCCGGGGGGGACCGCCACAGCACCAAGAGCGACCUGCCCGUGCACAGCCGCACCCCGAAGGGCCACAAACACGAGGACGGCACACAGAGUGACUCAGAGAACCCCGUGGCCAAGGCGGCGGCGGCGGCGGCAUCGUCCGGGGUCCCCGCAGAGAACGGGGAGCAGGUGCGGCUACAGAGGCAGAUCAAACGUGACCCCCAGGACCUGCUUCACAACCAGCAGGCCUUCGUCAUCGAGUUCUUCGACGAGGACACACCCCGCAAGAAGCGCUCCCAGUCCUUCACACACACCCCGCCCGGGGACCCCAAGGCCGACAAGCGCCGAGGCCCCGGGCCAGCCGACAGGGACCGCCCGGGGGCCCCAGCCCCGGCCCGGGGUCCGGGCAGCAGCUCGGGGCCCCAGAGGGCCAGCUCGCUCAAGCGGGAGAAGACGGAGGAGCGGCUGGGUGGCCCCUCGCCCCCUGCGCGGGCCUCGACCCGCCCCUUUGGCAGCGUGGGGCGCCGCUCCCGCCUGGCCCAGGACUUCAUGGCCCAGUGCCUGCGGGACGCCUCCCCGGCCACGCGGCCUGGCCCCGAGAAGGCACCCCCGGCACUGCCCGCCCCCCUGACGCCCCGUGGGGCCAGCCCCGUGACCCCCUCGCCCCCGCCGGGCCCCCCUGCGGACCCCCAGCUGACCAAGGCCCGCAAACAGGAGGAGGAGGACAGCCUCAGCGACGCAGGGACCUACACCAUCGAGACGGAGGCGCAGGACCAGGAGGUGGAGGAGGCCCGCAGGAUGAUCGACCAGGUGUUUGGCGUGUUCGAGUCCCCUGAGCUCUCCAGGGCAUCCUCGGCCACCUAUCGCCCUGUCAUCAGAGGGGACAGAGAUGAGUCUGGGGACGGGACGGCCCAGCGGGUGUCGCUGCUGCCGGAGUCGGCCCCCCGGCCCCCGGGCGUGGCCGCCCACGUAGAGCUCCAGGGCCUCCCGGUGCCGGGCUCCCCUGGAGGUCAGAAGUGGGUGUCCCGCUGGGCCAGCCUGGCUGACAGCUACUCGGACCCGGGCCUGGCAGAGGACGGCCCCGGGCACAGAGCGGGGGACCUCGAGGGGGCCCUGCCUGUGCGCCAGCGGCGACUGCUCCCACAGCUGCCCAGCGACCGGACGGACGGCCCUGCCAGCACUGAGGCCGCCAGGAGGAGCGGGCCUGGGCCGCCAGAGCCGGACGCUGGGCCGGCCAGCCGCCUCUUGUGCCAGGAGGACUUGGAGCCCGACAGCCUCAGCGAUGCCAGCGGGUCAGACGGGGGGCGGGGCCCGGAGCCAGGCAGGGGCCCCCAGGAGGGGCUGGUGUGGAAGAGGGGCCGGUGCUCGCCGAGGGCUGCCGGGGAGCCAGCCCCCGGCUCCGUGUUCCCUGGGGACCAGCACGGCGAGGCGGCCUUUCCCCGGAGAACGCCCGCAGCUCCCGGGGAGCCGGAGGGCCCGGCGCCGGCGGCCCUGCCGAGGGACGGCGUCUCUGUCAGCAGUGGCAGCAGGAGGGUCAUCCAGCUGCAGACGAGGCGGUCCCCAGAGCCCGAGGGCCCCGCCCAGGCCAAGGAGGCCGCGGCCUUCGUCCGGCAGGAGAGCUUUACCAAGGAGCCGGCCAGCGGCCCCCCGGCCCCUGGCCGGCUCCCAAACAUCUCCAGCCACCCCCUGCUACGGGACCUGGCCGCAGCCCGGGCCUCGCGUGCCGCCCCGCACUCCCAGGACACCCAGCAGAUCCUGAAGGAGACUGAGACCGCCCUGGCGGCCCUGGAGGCCCGCCUGCUGUCCCCGUCCGCGGCCGAGGCCCCGGGCGAGGCGGGGAGCGCCCGGGGGCCGCCUGAGGACUCCCUGUCUGGGGACUCAGAUGUGGACAGUGCCAGCACCGUCAGCCUGCUCAGCGGCAAGAACGGGCCCAGCCUGGCGAGCUCCCAGCUCACGGGGCAGCAGAGGGAGAAGCCGCCGUCCCCGCCGGCGGCGCAGGACCCGGGUGGUGCUGGCCUGAGCAGCACCCGGGAGCGGCUCUCGGAGAGGCUGCACCGCCCGGGGGGCCCCACAGACCCAGGCCGGGCAGAGCCCGCGCGGCGCCUGGCCGCGCGGCGGGGCCAGGGGUCCCUGGACUGGCCCGAUGAGGAACGAGGCUCUGGCCUCGCCCACCCGCUUGGCUCAGACACAGUCACCUCGGACCACGAGACCCACUCGGCCCCUGGGAUGGGGCGGCCCGGGCCGCGCCGGAAACCCACGGCCCCACCGCCGUCCCCGGCGGCCCGGGAGGAGCAGGGCCGCGUGUCGGCCAGCGCCCAGAAGGUGCAGCAGGUGCUGACCCGCUCCAACAGCCUGUCCACCCCGCGGCCCACGCGGGCCUCCCGGCUGCGGCGGGCCCGGCUCGGGGAGGCCUCGGACACGGAGGCCAUGGACAGUGAACGGGGACCCCUGGCCCACCCCGAGCCGGCGGGGCGUCCGGCCACCGAGCAGGCCAAGAAGCUGUCGCGCCUGGACAUCCUGGCCAUGCCCCGGAAACGGGCGGGUUCCUUCACCGGGCCCAGUGACUCCGAGGCCCCCGCCCGCACCGGCUUCUCGGGCCGCAGCGUCGAGUCGUCCUGCGCCGGCCGCAAGCCCAUCCGGGCCGAGGCUCAGGCUGCCGCCCGGAAGGCCACCAGCCCCUCCACGGCCCCCCGCCAGCCCUUCAGCAGGGCCCGCCCGGGCAGCGCCCGGUACUCCUCACACAGCACGCGCCGCCGGCAGCAGGGCUCAGACUGCACGUCCACCUCCGAGGAGGAGUACGGCUCCCACCACGGCUCCCCCAAGCACAUGCGCUCCCGCGCCUCGACCGCCACGCAGACGCCGCGGGCUAGCAGCUCCACCCGGGCCCGACCCCGGGCCCCCGGCCUCCGGGACACGGACGACGAGGAGGAGGAGCCCGACCCCUACGGCUUCAUCGUGCAGACGGCGGAGAUCGCGGAGAUCGCCAGACUGAGCCAGACGCUGGUGAAGGACGUGGCCAUCCUGGCCAGGGAGAUCCACGACGUGGCCGGCGAUGGGGACUCGCUGGGCCCCCCGGGGCCCGCCCGGAGCCCCUCCCUCAACAACGUGCCGGCUUCAACCAUCUCCGCCCGCGAGGAGCUGGUGCAGCGCAUCCCCGAGGCCAGCCUCAACUUCCAGAAGGUGCCGCCGGGCGCCCUGAACUCUCGGGACUUUGACCAGAACAUGAACGACCGCCGGGAGGAGCCCCUGGUCAACAAGCCUCGGCCUCGGAACCGCGAGGAGGUGAUCUUCGACAACCUGAUGCUGAACCCCGUGUCCCAGCUGUCCCAGGCCAUCCGGGAGAACACUGAGCACCUGGCCGAGAAGAUGAAGAUCCUCUUCCAGAACUCGGGGCGUGCUUGGGAGGACCUGGAAGCCAGAAUCAAUGCCGAGAACGAGGUGCCCAUCCUGAAGACGUCCAACAAGGAAAUCAGCUCCAUCCUGAAAGAACUGAGGCGUGUUCAGAAACAGCUGGAAGUCAUCAACGCCAUCGUGGACCCCAGCGGGAACCUGGACCUGCUGACGGCACACAGGGGCUCGGCAGGCCCUGCCCAGCUCGGGAAAGGCCGGCCGGCCGCCCAGAGCCCAUCCUCGCCCGCCUCGGCCCUGUCCCUGAGGAGCUUCCCGCCGAGGGCCACCUGCGGGUCCCCCGGCCUCCCUGACCCCACCUUCCUCCCUGACUUCCUCCCGGACUCCGAGAGGUUCCUGAUCUAGGGGGCGGGCGGGCGGCCCCAUGUGAGCGCGCGCCUCCCGCUCUCCCCUCCCGCUGCCUCGGCCCCUCCCGGCUGCGGCCGGUUCACCACGAAGACCCCACACGUGCCAUAGCCCCACGGGCGGACGCCACACCCAGGCCCCCUCAGCUCCCACCCAGCACCCCCGGAGGAUUGUCCAGUCCCUGCCCCGCCAGCCUCCUGGCCCAGCUCCUCUUGCGGCCUCUGCCAGGGGCCGUAUCACGGGCCUGGCCCCACGCCUCCUGCAUCGCUGUCAUUUCCGUCUUUAGCUUUCAAGGAAAGAGUCAUUUGUUCCGUUCCAGCAGCCUCCCUGCCUCGUGGGCCGGGGCACUUGCUUACCUGUCUUGUCCCUGUGUGCUGGCCAGCCAGGCAGAGGCGGGCCGUCCGUGAGGUCACUGAGUGCCAAACAGGGCGCUGCGAGGGCUCGACGCCCGAGAACUCGGGGAUGUGGGCUGAAAAGGGCAGGGCAGGGGCCCAGCACGUCGAGCCUUCGGUGCCAAUGCACCUGCGAGCCUGCGAGCGGGCGGGCGGGCCGCCCCAAGCAGCCUACGCCCACGUGCAAGGCCACAACCGCUCACUGCCGGUCCCGGCACAUCCGCGUGUGCAGGGCCCCUGCCCUUGGCUUCUGGUGGUCCUGGGCCCGGGGGUGCGAGCGCCAGACCAAAAUGGCUGCAGCCGGGCUUCCGAAAGCUCCCGAGGGAACUCGCCGCCCGGGCCCGGUCGCCGGGCGCUGACGGGGCAUCUGAAAGCAGCUCGGGCCCCACAGGCGCCCAGUCCCGGGGGCGGGGGCGGGCCCCAGGAGCCGCGUCGAUUUCUCAGGAUUCUGUCGGCGGGGACGUGCCAGGCGGCCCCUCCCAGGGCCUGUAUUCCUGGAGCCUCUAAGCCAAAGAGCCCACGGGUAGGGGGCGCUCGCCUGGCCACUGCGCGCGCGGCGACUGCGGGGAGGCCACGCGGGGACUGGCUCUGUGUUUACAUUGGCGUCGGUGCGCAGCCCCGCCCACCUGAUGUUUACGUGUGUGAGUGGCCACGGGCCGCCCGGCCCCGCCCCGCGGCGUCCCUUGGGGGCGGUGCUAGCCCCAGGCCCCG